CCAAUGGCAGCCUGCCCUGCUGACAUCACGUUAAAAACAACAAAACGAGCACGUGCGGAUAAGGAAACACUGCAGCGGGUCUAAACAACCGAAAUAAUCUGAAUUAUCUGAAUAGAAAAAUAGUAUCGAAGGAGCAAGUACUCCAAAAACAGAGAGACAUAUUGAUCCCGGGAGUAUUAGCAAGGAUGAUAGCGCGCCGUCAAGUUCGGCGGUACCACCGAACCAAGACACGGCGGCUAGGCUAGCGCCGCUAGCACGACUAGCCGCUGCUAGCACUCAGAUGUUACCUGUGCAAAGGGGAAAUAUUUUGGAUUAUUAUCACUUGAUAAUGAUGCUGCCUCGGUGCUGAUUCAAGGUGUGACUGCUGGAGGCAGAGAGAGAGACACACCUCAGUAACGCUGACUAACAAGUGACAGGCCAGACAUCUACAUUGCAGUCCCAGGUCUGCCAUUGAGAGAGGAAGUGGAAACGGGCCUGAUGAUACAGACCCCCAGUCUGUAAGGAAUCCGGUUGUUGACGGAGCUUGAUGGUGGUAAAAAGAUAAACGAAACAGACCCAAACCGAGGCCGAGAUGGAAUUACGACUGGGAUGUAGGAUGACCCUGGUCUUGGUCAUUCUGGCCUUGACUCUUUCCGGCGAGAGAGUGGAGGCACAGAGGGCAGGCUGUAAAAAUGUCCACUAUGACUUGGCGUUUAUCCUGGAUACCUCGUCCAGUGUUGGAAAAGAGAAUUUUGAGAAGAUCAGGCAAUGGGUGGCCAACAUCGUAGAGUCUUUCGACGUGGCACCGGAGAAGACGAGAGUAGCCGUGGUUCGCUACAGCGACAGACCCACCACAGAGUUCACCCUGGCUAGACACAGGACCCUGGAAGAUGUGAAGCAAGCUGCCCGUAACAUACGCUACCUGGGGGGGAAUACAAUGACCGGGGACGCGAUCAGCUACACCACCACCAACAUCUUCACGGAGCGGAACGGAGCCAGGCCCGUAGCCAAAGGCAUCCAGAGGGUUGCAAUCCUUCUCACGGAUGGCCGAAGCCAGGAUUAUGUUCUGGAGCCCUCCAAGGCGGCCGCCAAAGCCGGCAUCAGGAUGUUCGCCGUGGGCAUCGGGGAGGCGCUCAAGGUGGAGCUGGAGGAGAUCGCGGCCGAGCCAAAGAAUGCCCACGUCUUCCACGUGACGGACUUCAACGCCAUUGACAAGAUCCGAGGCAGGCUGAGGAGGAGGCUGUGUGAGAAUGUCCUGUGUCCGAACAUGAAGGUUCAACCUGAUCGCUUUAAGCCCAACAGCACCAGUUAUGGUCUUGAAGAGGUUCCAGGGUUCGACCUGAUGGAGCACUUCAAUGUGAGAGAUAUUCUGGGAACCAGACUUGAUGAAGGCCAGAGUUCUUACGUUCGCCUCGGCACAAUGCCCAUUGUACAGCAAACAGAGGACGUGUUUCCUCAGGGGUUACCAGAUGAAUAUGCCUUUGUGACGACGUUCAAAUUCAGGAAAACCUCAAGACGUGAAGAUUGGUACCUCUGGCAGGUUUUUGAUAAAUAUGGAAUCCCACAGGUGUCCAUCCGCCUGGACGGUGAGAACAAGGGGGUGGAGUACAACGCCGUCGGCCUGACGAAAGAUGCUGUCAGAGCUGUGUUCAAGAACCCCGAAGUUGAGAACCUGUUUGACCGCAACUGGCACAAGAUCGCCCUCAGCGUGGAGGCCAAGUCUGUGUCUCUGUACCUGGACUGCAAACACAUCCAGACUCUGCCCAUUGGAGACCGGGAGGACAUCGAUAUCCAGGGGAAGACAGUGAUUGGGAAGAGGCUGUAUGACAGUGUGCCAAUUGAUUUUGACCUCCAGAGGAUGAUGAUUUACUGUGACUCCAAGCACGCAGAGCUGGAAACCUGUUGCGAUAUACCCAAUGGACCUUGCCCUAAGACAGUUGUCACGGAGGCCCCCCCUGUGCAGAUCCCCACUCCGGCACCGACUGUUGUGGAACAACAAAGAGGCCCUCAAGUGAACUGCUCCUCCUGCCCUCCAGGAGAAAAGGGACUUGGUGGUGUGCCAGGUAUUGAUGGCUUAUCUGGAGACAAAGGAGACAAAGGUGCAGCAGGACUGGCUGGUGAGGCAGGGCUGCCCGGUCCAGCUGGAUCAAAGGGUAUCCAAGGGGAUGAAGGAACUGCUGGCGGUCCAGGACCAAAAGGUGUCACUGGUGAAUCCGGUGUAAAAGGUGAAAAGGGAACUUCAGGAACCAGGGGCGAGGCAGGUUUGGAUGGAUUUCCUGGCAAACCUGGUUUUCCUGGGAAAGAUGGUUUGAGAGGACUGGCUGGUGCAUCCGGGCCCAGCGGAGUUAAAGGCAUUAAGGGGGAGAGAGGCCUUCCCGGAUUACCUGGAGAUGUGCAUCAAAAAGAAGGCUUACGGGGUGAAAGGGGAGAUCCUGGAGCUCCUGGGCCUCCAGGGGCCGACGGACCCCCGGGGCCUCAUGGUCCUCCGGGUAUGCUGGGUCUACCUGGGGAACCUGGAGAGUUCGGCCAGAGGGGAAAGAAAGGUGAAAGUGGAUUACCUGGAGUGGAUGGCCUUCCUGGACCCCCUGGUCCUCAGGGUCCAGGUGGGCCACCAGGAAACCAGGGACAUACUGGACCUCCUGGUCUACCUGGUGAAAUCGGAUUUUCAGGCAAACCUGGAGAGUCUGGAAAAUCUGGUCUUCCUGGUAAAGAUGGUCUGGACGGUCUUCCUGGAAAUGACGGUGCCAUGGGGCCCAGGGGAGAGCGCGGAACAGAUGGUUUUUCCGGCAAGCCUGGAACCAAGGGUGACGAUGGGCCUCCCGGACCAAGAGGACCUCCAGGGGAGAGAGGAGAAUCUGGUUCCCCGGGUCAAAUAGGUGGUGUUGGAGUAAGAGGAGACAGGGGUAUUCCGGGAGAAAGAGGACAGGAUGGACCACUUGGGCCAAAAGGUGACAAGGGCGACAAGGGUGAAGGGGGAGCAAGAGGACUACCCGGCAUUCCAGGAAAUGUGGCAAAUGUCAUCCCUGAGCCUGGAGAACCUGGAAUACCUGGGGAAAAGGGAGAAAAGGGGGAACAAGGGAACCCAGGAGAGACGGGUCAAAGAGGGUUACCUGGUGAACAAGGCUUUAAGGGACCACCUGGACUGGCGGGUCCUAAAGGUGAAAAUGGAGUAACGGGAGAGACCGGACGUGUUGGAGACCCUGGUCCACCCGGCAUAGUUGGUCCUCCAGGUCCUCGUGGGCUACCAGGGAAUGUGGGCAUACCAGGCAUCAUCGGGCCUCCCGGUGUUGGUGGACAGAGAGGAGACAAGGGUGAAUCAGGUAAACCAGGGCAAGCAGGUCCCUCAGGCCCACCUGGAGAUCCCGGUUUGACUGGACCCCCCGGACCACCAGGGAAGGGGAAAGAGGGGAAAAAUGGGGAACAAGGACCACAGGGAGUUCAAGGACCCCCAGGGCUAAAGGGUCUAACCGGGUCACGAGGAGAACCAGGGUCACCAGGGGACCGGGGUUCUGAAGGAGAAGGCAAAGUGGGACCACAGGGACUUCCAGGAAAUAAUGGGGAACCUGGAUCUGCGGGCUUGAGGGGUCUACCAGGAGUCGCUGGUCCUCAGGGCCCAGCGGGACAUAAUGGUUUACCAGGAAGGCCGGGAGACAAGGGAUCACAAGGAGAGCCUGGAAAAGCAGCAGACAUCACUGAGCUGAAUCUGAAGGAUGUUUGCUCAGACUGUCCUGCAGGCCCAGCCGGACCACCCGGUCUCCCAGGAGUCCCGGGGGACAAAGGACACCAGGGACCUGCAGGGAAGGACGGUCAAGAUGGUUACCAAGGCCCGUCGGGAACAGCCGGAGCUCCAGGGCCCCCUGGAGCCGACGGAGCAAAGGGUAUAAAAGGUGAUCGAGGACCCUCCGGUGGCCCAGGAGACAAAGGAGACAAGGGUCACCCAGGACCCCCUGGUCAUCCAGGUACCGCUGGCUUAAUGGGUCAACCUGGUAACGAUGGACAGCCCGGCCCCUCCGGCCUCCCAGGGCCCUCUGGAGAAAAGGGCAAAGAGGGUCUCAAAGGAAUCCAGGGACCACCAGGUCUUCCCGGCUUGAUCGGUCAGGCUGGAAAAAUGGGAAAAGAUGGGCGACCAGGUGAACCAGGAGAUCCUGGCAAGCAAGGUGAACCCGGACCACUAGGAAACCCGGGGCUCAGGGGACUCCCGGGCUUUAAGGGCCACAGAGGAGAAUCUGGAGCUCCAGGAGCUAAUGGAGAAGAUGGAAAGGCUGGAUUGGCUGGACGUGACGGCAAACCUGGGAAGGAGGGCUCAUCGGGACCUCCAGGCCAAGAAGGACUUAGUGGACCAAGAGGAGAGCCGGGCAAGCAAGGUGAACCAGGGCCAUCAGGAAAAGCAGGUCUCCCUGGAACCCCAGGUAUUAGAGGAGACAAGGGAGAGGCCGGCAUCCCAGGAUUACCAGGCUUCAGUGGGCCCAAAGGCCCCGCGGGUCCACCUGGUCCAAUUGGCCCAGAGGGAAAACAAGGGAUUCCUGGCAGAGGUGGUGAUCGUGGCCUCAAAGGAGAUAAGGGAGAAUCAGGUACGAAGGGCGAUAAAGGACAAUCAGGAGAUCCAGGUAUGCCUGGAAACCCUGGACCUCCGGGCAGAAAGGGCCACACAGGGAUGAUGGGCAUGUCUGGACCACCAGGAGAGUUAGGAGCUCCUGGGCCACAGGGACCUUCAGGAAACCCCGGCAUCCCAGGCCAAAGGGGAGAGUCAGUAUCACUGGAGCAGAUGAGACGGCUCAUCCAGGAGGAGCUGGCAAAACAAUUAGACGCCAAAAUGGCUUACCUCAUGGCUCAGAUCCAGCCAGCCCAUGUGAAGAGUACAGCGGGCCGUCCAGGACCUCCAGGCCCUUCUGGUAAGGACGGCGGUUCUGGAAGACCUGGCCCCCCUGGAGAGUCCGGUAUGCCUGGACAGAAUGGAGGAGAAGGACCCAGGGGACCCUCGGGCCCUAAAGGUGAUAAAGGAACAAGAGGAGAACCGGGAGAACCUGGUGUCGGCGAAAGAGGAGAGAAAGGACCUUCUGGCCCGAUAGGUCCAGCCGGUCUGCCCGGUUAUGGUAAAGACGGAGGCCCCGGACAAGCCGGAGCCCAGGGAGAGCCAGGAAACCCCGGCCCCCACGGUCAGGCUGGACCUCCAGGUCCUACUGGCCAAUGUGACCCCAGCCAGUGUGCCUACUAUGCCAGCCUGGCACACAGACCCCACACCAAAAAUGUCAAGGGGACUUAAAGAAAGAAAAGGCACAGAGAGCUUGAAGUCCAGCUGUAUUUAUGAUGAACUUGGUCUGAAUCAAGAACUUUUCUUUUUCAAGAUAACCUCAGUAUGGAGGGCUGAAGCAACGUGUGCUGCAGGUCAGAUUCUUUGUUUUGUUUAUUUUUUGGUAAGAAGCUUGGGAUGGAUGGGGAUUAAGCACAGAGGGACUUUUUUUUUGAGUAAAUAAGGGUUAAAGAGGGCAGCUAAACAGUUUUAUUCCUCACUUGCAUGCUUCCUGUAAAAUGUAUAGGGAGAUAACAAGGAUGAUGCAAUUCCCUCCUCUUUAACCCCCUUAUUGGGAGGGAAGAUUUGGGAGUCUGAUCGUU